GAAAGCAGGAAUAAAAAGGUGGAUAUUUUGGAUGGAUUUCGUUUGCAGCUGUCAGGAGAAUGAGGGUUAAACAAAGGUAUUGGCAAACUUGGCUCGAGCUUCGUCGAAUUCCAUGGAUCCACAAAGACCUUUGAAGUAGAUUGCCACGUGGGCCCAAGUUGUCCGAUGAAGAUCGGGAGACAGUCAUGAGCUUGCUCAAAGGAAAGUCGGGUUUAGGCCUAGGCACAAAAUUGGGGGCCAGCUUAGGAACCAGUCAAUCGGAACUUAACAGCUAUUUGUCUUCGUUAAAGAAAAAACAGACAGAGGUUAACAAGAAACAUGGGAAGGAUGAGACCGCCGAGGAUCAUCCUGAGGACGCUGAUGACGUAUUCGCCAUCACAGAAGAGGAUUCCGAUCUGGCAUCUUUGGCCUUGGAGUUCGCCAAGGACGAGAUUAAGGAUUCGCCAUUUCUCAAACGGAAGGAAGACCGACGAUUGUCCACGGCCAGUAGUGUGGGCACACCAUUGCCAGAAAAAGACGCCCCAUUCAUUAAUUCAUUAGUUAAAGUGAAGGCCAAGCCCAAUCACAGCAGUGCGGCCUUGGCUAAUUUCAUGAAAUAUGAUGCCAAAUAUGGCCCCAAGGGAUUUCAAAAACCUGAGGAAAGCGACUCGGAAGAGUUGAUGUCCGAUCUGCAAAGCCCGCUUCGAAUUGCUUCAGAACUGGAGGAGAGGAUUCGUCCGACUUCCAGAGGCUCUUCUCGAAGAUCCUCGUUGUUACGGAAGGACUCGGACGCAAGUAUGGGACGUCCUCGAAGCAGGAAGGCGUCGGUGGAAGUGGACCAAUUCAAGGGCUCAAAUCAGCAACGCUCCUUGCAAGGGAACCUGUCAGAGCGACUGAAGCAGCACGCCGACGCCAAAAAUCUGAAGGUCAUCAUGCCGCCUCCCAGAAGCCGGAAAGUCAGCGGUGAUUCCGCGGGUGGCAACAAGACACCGCUUUUAAGUGCCUCCGAGGUUUCAGAACUACCAUUGGGCUCUCCAAGUCCAAGCCCACGAUCCCCCAUGGUUCUUGAAGAGCUCCAUGACAUAGAGGAGUUAGCAGAGGUCGAAGAAGAGGUCGCACAAAUCAAGGAACCCAUAGUGGAAGUGGAAAAGAAGACCCUUGAGUCAGGAGAUGAUGCUACUCUCAUUGAGGUAAAAAAAUUGGAAAAAGAUCAAACUGACAAAGCCAAACCAGAUGCACCCAAUCUAGAGGACCAAAUCACGGGCUUGGAACACGUGAGAAAGAAAACUAGGCAACCUAGGCAUAAACGCUCUUCUUCUAGUGAAGAUCCUUCUAGCCGCCAGUCGCGAUCAAGGCGGCACAGGCAUUCAAAAAGCUCGCAUUGCUACUAUUGCGACCACAUGUGCGAUUUUCAUCGAUCUCAUGUCAUGAACAACUGGGUUGGAACAGGGAAUGACAACUCAAAUUAUAAAGGUCGGAAGAAGAGGCACUCUUCAAAACCACCUAGGCACGAUGAAGGAGUGCAAGUGGGGCCGCCAUCUGUGAUUGGAGCGUCCGAUCAUUACCUCUUCGAUCCCACUUUAGACUUGCUAUUCACGCGACGAAAUCUAUCCGAUGAAAUCCAUCAAAACGAAAGCCUUCGUCAAAGGCUCCUUCAUCCACGUAAACACAUCAAUCAGGCCGUGUCAGAAUUUGCGUCCACUAAUCCGGGGCAAGGGUUAAUCUCUGAGUUAAUGAAAUCUCAACUGGAAAUUACUCGUAACUUCCUUCAAUGUCAACGCGACUUGUACAUUUCGUUUUGCGAAACUCUCCAAUCAUCGGUCCAAGUGUCAACGUCCAAGUCCAAGGUUGUCCAUUCUAAGGUCAAAAGUCCCAAAGAGUCCAAAACUGAAAAGGAUGACGAGCCAAAAAUAGACGAAGUUUCAUAUCAAUCCGACUUUGAACCCGAGGAUGAGUCUCUAUAGUUGGCAACUGUUGGAAUUAUUUACAACAUGUGUAUUUAUUUUCCCUUUCUGUAAUCAAACGAAUCAUCACGAAUCUUAUCAAAAGAGCGCAUGCUCUCAAAUUUAAUAGCCCAAUAAAAAACAUAUGCAUGUAUCAUAGAAUACAAUAAAAAAAAGAUAAUAUCAUA